AGAGCGUUCAUAAAGCAGGUGGAUUAAUCCCGCAUCGCUUACAUUAAAGAGUCAAUGCCAAAAUUGAAAGUAUGUUUCAUUACACCAAUUACAAAUUUCAGCACACCCUGAAAAAGGAAAGAGUAAUACAAUUCCACGAGUGAAAACGGUUUACCAUUUUUGUGUUAUUUGUCAAGCUGACUCCUGACCUUAAGGAAAUUGUGUCAAAGCUGAUAUUUCUUGACAUUGAGCACGGAUUCUACUCUGGAAGGUUUUGAGAAAUUUCUUUCCCUGGACCUCCAGUAUUAAACCAGUCAUUACCACCUUCCUCUUCCCACUUCGUACCCUGCUGUGGGGAGAUCGUUCAUUCCGGCGUCCAAGCCCCCAGCCCAAUUGAAAUAGAAAACCCUGGUUUAUCAUCGGUGGCGAAUCACGAAAUAAAUUCGGUGUUCGUGAAAGGCCCUUAUAAAAAAAUCCUCUUCAGAAUUUGAAUAUUCACUUACUCAACUUGAUGAUGAAAUUUGGGAGAAUUUGACACGUAGAAUUCCACCUCAUUGCAAAGCUAUCAUUAUGGACACCAACUUUAGCGCUGGUGGCAAUUCAAUCUUGAAGAAUCCUAGAGAGCAGGGAUCAUUAACGGAGGGCCUCCUUGAUGGCUACAGCCCCGUACCGAAACCACCAAGGAGCAAGAUAUUCGGCAGGUUGUGUCGAGUCCGGAGUGCACCUCCUCAGGAUGCCUACAAACUCAGCGAUACGCAGAAGUCACGAAUAACGCACCUGACUCGAGCAGCAAGGUCCCUGCCCCCGCCACCCCAAUUUCAGCAGGAGCAGGAGGGGAUGUCCGUCAUCUUCAAAGCGAUUAUUGGGCUAGUCAUUUACUUGCUUGUGGGCUUGUUAUGCUUUUCUUUAUUUGAUAUUCAACUAGAAGGCUCAUCGACAUCAUCCCAUGUGGAUGCUUUGUACUUCGCCAUUGUCACCAUGACGACUGUUGGAUAUGGGGACUUGGUUCCCAAAACCAUUGGCGCCAAGCUCUUUACGUGCGCCUUUGUUUUCGCAGGAUUUGGUCUAGUCGGUGCGCUUGUGAGUGGUGCCGCGAACUACCUUGUUGAGAAGCAAGAGAGAGUUUUAGUUCAGAAGAUCUAUUUUAAGUAUAUGAAAAAGGAACAAAGAGAGCUGAUUGUGGUCGACGAUGGAGUGGUGGCUGCUCAUUGGAAGAUGCUCAUUGCUGGCGUUGCAGUAUUUGUACACCUUAUAGCAGGGAUGUUUGCAUUGAUGUACUGGGAGGGAAUGAACUUCAUUGACGCAUUCUAUCUUGUGUGUGUCACCGUGACCACACUUGGCUAUGGUGAUCAGAGUUUCCGUUCUCAAGCUGGUCGUAUUUUUGCAGUGUUUUGGAUAUUAUCAAGCACUGUGUGCUUGGCGCAGUUUUUUUUGUAUUUAGCUGAAAGUCGUACUGAGGAACGGCAGCAUGAGAUUGCAUGCUGGGCUCUGCAUCGCCCAACUACUCCAGCCGACUUGGAAGCUGCCGACCUUGAUGGAGAUGGUGAUGUAAGCGCGGCGGAAUUCGUGCUCUACAAGCUCAAGGAGGAGGGCAAGAUUGUAGAAGAUGAUGUUCAAGGCAUCUUGAAAGAAUUCUCUGCAAUCGAUUAUGAUGAGUCCGGCACUCUCAAUCUGUCGGACAUCCAUCUUUCGAAUCUGGAGAAAGAAAUUUAGGUUGUAAGUGUGACAACAGUGCCUGUCCUUAACACUGUCUCAACUUCUGUGAUUCUAAUUCCAGUCAACUUCCUUAUAGUAACAUAUUUAAUUGUAAAUUGUCCAUGGAGGAUUCCAGAGAAGGCGUACAAACAAUUCGCUGGUUCUCACAAAUAUAUAAACUUUAAUAUUUGUUUUUAAUUUUGAUUUUUUUCUUCU